AUGUCGUCAUUCUUGAAAGACUUGCCUUGUCGAAAUCCAGAGAGUUUUUCAAGGUUCCAUGCUCCACCGGGUGCCGUCCGUCAGAUGGCUGUUCGGCCGACAUACACCGCCAAACUCGAUACAAACGUUAAAGAAAUUAUCAAUGAUUCUGUUCCAUUGCUUAUUCACCGUUUGUCACAAUUACCGAAAGACGAAUCUCGAAAACGGUCGAUGCCCGAUGAUGAGAGCGAGGUGCCCUCGUUUUCAAUCGAACAGUCCAAGCGAAGUAAACAAACGAUAUCGAACAAUUCCAAUCAAGCGCAAACAUCGAAUCCAAUCGAUUGUGACGAGGAUUUUUCAUAA